AUGAAAACAGGCAUUGGGGAAUCAUGGUGCCACCGUACUGAUAGGUUGGGGAUCUUGAUGACAAGAAAAUUAGGUUCGGGACCAGGUAUGGAACAAGGGUUGAAGAAGAAGAGAGUGCGAAACGACUUGGUUGAGUUGGACGAAGAAACUAACUCGGCUGAGUUGAAGAGGCUGAAGGAAGACCUUUUGGAAACUUUGGAGGAUGACCCAGAUUUUGUUUCACCGAAUCUGGAUCUGGAUUCGUUCAUGAUGAGCUUUCAGGAAGAGAUUGAUGGUGGGUCCCCACCUCCUGAGGUGGCGGAUCUGACGUCGGACUACGCCGAAUCGCAGCCGGAGUUGGGGUACUUGUUAGAAGCUUCAGAUGAUGAGCUUGGGCUUCCGCCGUCAACGGCAUCGCCGAGUGGAGUGGAGAAUGAUGGGCUGACUGAGUCGAUCCGAGUUGAGCCUGACUCGCCCGAACUCGGUCACGGUUUUUGGGAGUUUGAUGGGGAGAUUCCGAGUUAUAACUCGUUUGAGUUCGGCCUCGUUGAGUCGGAGGAUCUUAUUAACGGUAAUGGUGAAUAUGUAGCGUUAGACGGGUUGUUUGAUUAUUGA